AUGAUUAGAAAUAUUUUGCUAUUAAAAUUAGCAUCAGGUGCGCCGCUGCCACCAGAAACCACUGCGCCCGCUUCAAUUGAGACUUUUACGCUCGCUGCUCAGGAACUUCAAACAACCGCUGAAUCUAUCGAUGACUUUUUAGAAAACGUCGAAACCGACACUACGCCUGCCACAAAUUCUGAAGAUGAUGUUUUUAUCACUACUCCCCAAACUGACCUUGACGAAAUAGAAAAAAUGUUGACAGAGGAUCAAAUUAGUCAAGAUCAUGAAUUACAGCAAAUCGAAGAAUUGGAGAAACUCGAUGCUGACGAUAAAACAGAGGAAGAUACUACUGAAGCGCCUGAAACAACAACCACAACAACAACCGAGUCAAAUACAACGACAUCGAAAGAUAGUGAAGAAGAAAGUACAACAACUAAAGCCCCCGAGACUACAAAAACUGCCAGUCAAAAGUCAGAAGAAAAUGAAGACGCUAUUUCAAACAAUUUAGAAGAAUCUGAAAAUAUCGAAAAUCAAGAGGAAACUGAAGUGCCUUCAAAUGCUAUCGAAUCUAUUGAAAAUCCAGAGACAGAAACUGAGGAGAGUCCAGAAGAACCUAUCGAUACUGAGGAAGUUGAAACCGAAGAAGUUGUCGAGGAAACAGACGUUGCUGAGGCUGAAGUACCCGCAGAAAAUGAGCCCAUUGAGUCGGUUCCCGAAGAAAUUAUCCAAGCACCAGAAGCUCAAGAAAUUCAAGAAGUUCCUGAAGUUGUCCAAGAAAGUAUUGCCCCCGAGUCUCAUAUUGAAGAAAACGAAAUAGUUCAAGAACAAUUACCAGAAGAUAAUACCGAAAUUUUAAUAAGCGAAACCUCCGAAAAACAAGAAGAACCUGAAACCGAGAGUGUUCCAGAGACAAAAGAGCUAUCUCAAGAGGAAAUUCUCGCCCAAGCGUUGAUAUCAGCAAUGAAGUCAAGUGGUGGUCUUGACAUCCAGAAUAGCAUUCAGGCACUUUUAAAUCUUCAGCAAGCAAAUCAACAACCUGCGGCAGAGGAAAGCAAAGUUGAGGAAACUGUUGAGCAACCGAUCGAAGAGCCCGCUCCGGUAGAAAAACUCUCAGAAUCAGUUGCAGAAGAGCCAACUGUUGACAAGCAAGAAGAAAUUACUGAGCAGGAACCAAGUGUUGCUGAUGAAGAACCAGUCGCUCAGGAGUCCUUGGAACAAGAAAACCAACCUUCAGCCAUUCAACUCACUAAUGAGCUUCAGCCAAUCCCAGUCAAUGAAGCGCCAGAAGCCGCAGAAAUUUCAGAAGUUCAAGAACCGAGUGAAUCGGUCGCUGAGGAAGAAGCACCAGUUAUAUCGAGUGAUGAGUCUACAGGAGAAGAAGAACCUCAAAAUGAAGCUUCCGAAGUUGUUGCUGAGAAUCCAGAAGUUUCAGAUUUGUUGGCAAAGUCGGAACAGAAAAUCGAAGGUUUUGAUGGUUUAUCCGAAGCGCAAAAAGCUCAAAUUCUUGCUUUCAUUAAAAAUUCUGUUUUGCCGGGCAAAGAUGAGGAAUCGCCAGUAAUUUCUGAUGAAAGAAUGGAAGACGAUGGAGAAAACAACGAAAUCAUUCCAGAGCAGAUCGACGAUCCUGCUGAUACUGGCUUUGGCUCACCAGAAGAUGUAGUCCAGCCGCCUACGAUAUUGAACAGUCCAGCCGACAUUCAACCGGAGAAAAUUGACUCAAGUUUGUAUGAAGAAAAUACAGGAGGAAAAGUGGUCGAGUACGAUGAUGACGAGUACAAUAAUCUCAACGAGGUCGAAUAUGUUGAACCAGAUGCUAAGGAGCUUAUGAGCUGGGAAAAAGAAAGUAAUCCAACAGAAAUGCCAAAAGUUGAAAAAAUGCGUACUCCUCCGCCAGCUAUCUUCAAACACUACGAACAAGAACCUCAAUAUGACUCGUUAAAAGCUGCCGGAUCACGUGACCAUUACAUCGAUAUUCAAACUGAGCUUGAGAGUUCUGGGGAUCACUCUGAAAUCAUAGAAGAGAUUUUCCAAGACAAACCUAACGAAAUCGACUCCAUCUUUGACGCACCUCCAGUCGAGCUUCCUGAGCGUUCCAAACUUCAAGUAGAAGACUUGAUUGCUCAAAAACAGCAAGACUUGCAUGAGGAUAAAUAUAGAGCGCUGGAAAGAGAGGAAGAAGAAAACACCAAAACUUCGCAUAAAGGCUGGAUGGUGUUUAUGAUGGUCAUUGGCAUUUUAUUUAUUGCGACUACAAGAAGAAAGGUUCGAAGAUUAAUGCCAGCUUCAAAUCGUCAAAGGGCAUCUUCAUUCUCCAGCAGACAAAAAGGGCCUCUGAUCGCCGAAAAGAGGGCGAGCGACGAUCCUUGGGAUUGGGGCAAAGGUGAUUGA